GCUGAGCGCUCCGGUCCGCGUCCUUCAGCCCCGACUGGCAGCCGCUGUGGGCGAGGCGGGGCGGGGACUCGCCCGAGGCGGAACCCCACCUCCCGCGCGCUCUCCCCCGGCGCGACUCGCGGCUGCGGCCCUGUCAUGCCCCUGUUGCUGCCCGGUCCCUCGGCUUCGUGCGUCCGCGUCCGCGCGCCGGUCCCGGAAGUGGGCUAGCACCCCGCUGUUCCCGCUUCUCGAGGGGAGGGGCCCGUCGCCACGGUGGCGGCCACCGCAUCGCGUCCCACCUCGGCGGCCCUGGGCGCCGUGGUAUCUGCAGGCCCCGAGCCAAUGGCGGGCCAGGACCAGCCGGCGCCCGGGUCGUCGGUGUUGAGCACGGUGUUCCGCCACGUCCGGUACGAGAACCUGGUGGCGGGUGUGAGCGGCGGGGUCCUGUCCAACCUCGCGCUGCACCCGCUGGACCUGGUGAAGAUACGCUUCGCCGUGAGUGAUGGAUUGGAACUGAGACCGAAAUAUAAAGGAAUUGUGCAUUGCUUGACUACCAUUUGGAAACUUGAAGGAUUACGGGGACUUUACCAAGGAGUCACCCCAAAUGUGUGGGGUGCAGGUUUAUCCUGGGGACUCUACUUUUUCUUUUACAAUGCCAUCAAAUCAUACAGGACAGAAGGAAGAGCUGAAAGGUUAGAGGCAACAGAAUACCUUGUCUCAGCUGCCCAAGCUGGAGCCAUGACUCUCUGCAUUACAAACCCAUUAUGGGUAGCAAAAACUCGCCUUAUGUUACAGUACGAUAGUGUUGUUAACGCCCACCAGCGGCAAUAUAAAGGAAUGUUUGAUACACUUCUGAAAAUAUAUAAGUAUGAAGGUGUGCGUGGAUUGUAUAAGGGGUUUGUUCCUGGGCUGUUUGGAACAUCACAUGGUGCCCUUCAGUUUAUGGCAUAUGAAUUGUUGAAGUUGAAAUACAAUCAGCACAUCAAUAGAUUACCAGAAGCCCAGUUGAGCACAGUAGAAUAUAUAUCUGUUGCAGCACUAUCCAAAAUAUUUGCUGUAGCAGCAACGUACCCAUAUCAAGUUGUGAGAGCUCGUCUUCAGGAUCAGCACAUGUCUUACAAGGGUGUGUUGGAUGUUAUCACAAGGACGUGGAGGAAAGAAGGCAUCGGUGGCUUUUACAAAGGAAUUGCUCCCAAUUUGAUUAGAGUGACUCCAGCCUGCUGUAUUACCUUUGUGGUAUAUGAAAAUGUGUCACAUUUUUUAUUUGACCUUAGAGAAGAGAAGAAGUAAGCAAAAAGAGAUAAGUGCAGGACACCUGCCCGGGCAGCAGUAUGCUCCUUUGUGUUUGAUGUAAAGCUCAUAAACAAAUUGGUCUGUAAUCAUUAGAAGUCAAGAAACCACUAAUCUUCACAAUGUUUUUCUGCUUUUUGCCUUCCCCAUGUAUGUGGGACUCGGCUACCUCUGCCUGAACUGUCUGCCAUUAUCACAGCAGUAAAGCUGACAUCAGUGGAGUUUCACAAAUUUCUCCACUGUUCAAGUAGAAGCUGUUUUGCAGCAUUUGCUAAAUGGAUUAGAUGAAUGUCCUUUUUCUACUCAUUUGCCUGGAUUAGCUUUAAAAUUGACCUCUGUAAUAGCAAGAAAAUAGCUUCUUGUAAGAAUGUCAUCACUGUUUCAUGAGUAGAUUAAACUUUGAGGAUUUGAUGGGAAAGAUAUUGCACAAAUCCAGACCAUUUCAGAAUUGAGAAAUUUUGGUGAGAAAAACAAAAUUGCUGUACAUGCGCUUUAGUUCAGUUGGAAUAUAUGAACUAGAGAAAUUUGAGAAGUUAUGUACUUCUCCCAGUUUGAGAAAUAUCUGACAUCUGUUGUCAUUCCAUCACUGAUUUUAUUUCCAGAGGUUCUUAAUUUAAAAUGUAAUCCUGGAUCCCACUAUUUUUUGGCCUGGGUACCUACUGUAUUUUAAAUUUUAAAAAUCAACUGGAAUCCAGAUGUGUCAGCCCUUAUUUAGCAUACAGAUCACUUACUGGAGUUGCAAAUAGAUCAACUUAUAUUGAUACUGGAAUCACUGGGAUGUGUUUGUUGACAACUGCAUAUAGCUGAGAAACUUUCAUUUCCUACUUCAGUUUUGUAUAAAUGGGUCCAGAUCUCAAAUAAAUGACUAAUCUACAUUGGUUAUUUAAAUUCAGGUUCAAGUACAAGUUACAUUAAUGGUCAUUAUUGGUUUUACUUUAUGAGUCAUUGUAAAUAUCUAUAAAUAUAAAGUUCUGCCCCAAAAGGAUGCCAGAAUAAUGCUAAUAUUUUUAUUUAUCAUAAAUACCCAUGACGGCUAUUGCACUACCAUCUAUUUGUUGUAAAUAAAAUAUUGUGGUUUUGAAAGCCAUAUUUAAAUAGUUCUUUGAAAAUAAGUCUAUUUUUUUAUAUUUUGAAAAUGGCAUUGUUUUAAAAAUAAAGGUGAAAUGAUAAGUACCUAAUUACAUGUACUAUAAUUUCUUGUAACAUGCCCAGGAAUACUUUAUAAAUUAAAUGUGAUGUAUUUUUUCAUACUCUGAUUAUACUAUAAUUCAUAUGAAAUCCUGACAUUGGUCACUAUAUGGAAAGACAAGCUGCAGUUGAUAUUUGGAGUUUUAGAGGUAGUGUCAUUAUUUGAAUGCCUCCUAUGUACCCCAAAUUAAUAAAACAUAGUUUCUGUCCUUUAA